UGAGAGGCGGUCACAGACGGGCGACUGCUGGUUAGUUUGUGCUCUAGAUUAUUGUUAAGGUUGUGUGGACUAACACUGCGGACUUCGGCCUUAUAUCAUUAAAUCAAAAACGACCAUUUCAUAGAAACGGACCAGAGGAAUAACACAUGCAUUGAAUAAUGCACCCAUUCCGAUAAAUAUUGCGACGCUUGAGGAACGAAGACAAGACUGAAAUGGAUUCGAUAAGGCCGGAUCGAGAUAUCACAAAUAAUUCAACAAACAGCCGAUAAAACGAUCCACUAUUGAUUUUUUAUAGAAACUAAGGGGUGAGUGCGCUUUGGCCAAUUGAAUCCUUUUAUCUUCAUUUUUUUGUUUAGUUUUUUCCCCCUUUUCCCUGGGACAAGAAGGCAGCAACACACAGAUAGAUAGCGGGUGAGGGAGGGGGAGUGAAACAGGAGGAGGAGGAGGAACUUUAAAGGAGAAGCUCUAUCAACUAAGGAGAAGACGACAGAAGAUUUUCAUCUUCAGAAAAGAUUCCAAAACUGGCCCAAACUCCAUCAAACAGAAGCCAUGGCUGCCAUAAUUAGAGCAAAACUGCAAAACUGAGAUCCCUUCACUACAGCCCAACCUUUUCUGAUGGCCAACUCUGUUGCUACUCUGGUGGUCCAAACCGAACUCUUAUCUUCUCAAACAUCCUCCUCCCUCUCUCCCUUUCCUUCCCUCCUCCCCUCCACAGAGGAUGGAGAAGAGGAUGGUGAAAGGGGAGAAGAAGAGGGCAAAGAGUCAGUAACAGUCGGGCUUACAGGUGACAUGGUGACAUCAUCAUCACCCCCCCUUGCAACAGUGGCUCCAAACCCAGAGCAUCCAUUCCAGUGUUUGGACUGUGGGAAGAGUUUUAAGUGGUCAUCCAGACUGGCACAUCAUCAGAGAAGCCAUAACAACGAAAGGCCAUAUCGCUGUAACCUUUGCCCUAAGGCCUUCAAGGGUUCAUCUGCCCUACUAUACCACCAGAGGUCUCAUUCUGGAGAGAAGCCCUAUAAGUGUGAUGACUGUGGUAAAGCAUUCAAACGCUCUUCUCUUCUACAGAUUCACCGCAGUGUGCAUACAGGUCUUCGCACUUUCCAGUGCUCCUACUGCCCUUUAACCUUCAAAUGGAGCUCACACUACCAGUAUCACCUCCGCCAGCACACUGGUGAAUGUCCGUACCCGUGUGACAGCUGCUCCAAAGCCUUCAAGAACUCCAGCAGCCUGCGUCGCCAUAAGAAUGUACACCUGGGCUUCAAGCCCUACGUCUGUGAUGUCUGCACUAAGGCCUUCAGUCAGUCCACUAAUCUGCGACAGCACAUGCGCAUACACACGGGAGAGCGUCCAUAUAUCUGUAGGGAUUGUGGUCGCAGCUUCACACAUUCGUCCAACUUGGCUUUGCAUCGCAUCUCUCACGAAGAAGGAAAGGCGAAGAGUGCUGGGAAGGCCGGAGGGGCCGGUUCAGAGCCAGCAACUCGAGAGAUGGAGGUGGUGCUGACGGAGGAUUUGAACACCGUAGGGAUGAGCAUUUCUGAAAUGGUGGGCCUCGUGGGUGGACAGGAGGGAGGAGUCGGACAGGUGUUCCUGUCUCAGUGUACGUCCUCGCCUGCUACCUCAGGCACAGCCAAUCAGAACAUUCUGCCACAGCUGACGCUCACACCCACUUCCUCUGCUGUCACGGGCACAGAGCAUAUCCACAUGGGCAAGACUGACACGGGUGCCAGUGUUUUGCUGUUUAGCUGUGGUAGCUGUAAUGAGACAUUUUCAACUCAGAGUCACCUCGAGGCACAUCAGACUCUACACCUAGAUGGCCUUGGUCCAGCAGGCGGUGGAGAGGUUGUUACAGAAAAUAGCACGGAGGGAGGUGGGGUGUCACUGGUGGGGGCUACGCCAUUGUUGGCAGACUUUGAAGAGGUUGUUGAAACCACCGCAGUUGCAGAUAGCGGUCAGGGGGCAGAGUUACUUGGUUUGGAUGCGGUUAGAAAUGAGUCAGGGCAGGCACAGUAUGAUCUACUUCAGACCUUCACCGCGUCUGUGAAUCAGAUGUCCACUGAGGCCAGUGUCUCAACUGCUCAAACCACUACAGAAUGUGCCUACUGUGGGAAGAGUUUCAAGACCAGCAGUGGACUGACCAGACACAUGGCUCAGGCCCAUCCUCUCGCUCUGUCUGAGACGCGUUCUCAGUUCAACUGCUCGGCAUGUGACCGCUCCUUUCCUCUGCUCUCCUCUCUGCUCAACCACCAGCACUCCCACACUCCCGAGCAGAGGUUGCUUGCUGAGGCGGAGGCGGAAGUAGAGAUUGUCUGUCCCUCUCUCUCAAUGCCCCUGCCCUCCUUAAAAAGAGAUGGUGAAGAUGGAGAGAGAGAGAUCCAUGUCAGUCUAAUUGCUGUCACAGAGGAGGGAGAGAGACGAGCUGUGAAGCCAUCUGCCAAAGCAUCAGGGAAGGGAAGCAGGAGAGGUGGAAGUAGCAAGACAUCUGCCACAAAUAACGAGAGGCCAUAUCGCUGCUCUGAAUGUGGGAAGUCAUUUAAAGGUUCAUCAGGACUUAGGUACCAUAUGAGAGAUCACACUGGGGAGAGACCGUAUCGAUGCACAGAGUGUGGCAAGAGCUUCAAAAGGUCCUCACUGCUCUCCAUACACCAAAGGGUCCACACAGGUGUGCGGGCUUUUCAGUGCCCCUACUGUCCACUGACCUUUAAAUGGAGCUCACACUACCAGUACCAUCUUCGCCAGCACACCGGUGAGAGGCCAUAUGUAUGUCAGGAAUGUGGAAAGUCUUUCAAGAACACCAGCUGUCUCCGUCGCCAUAGUCAGCUCCAUUCUGGCCUACGUCCACAUGCUUGCUCUGUAUGCGGUAAGGCUUUCUCUCAGACCUCCAACCUCAAACAACACGAACGGACACACUCUGGAGAAAGGCCCUUUCAGUGCCCCCAGUGCCACAAGAGCUUCACCCACUCAUCUAAUCUGCAGCUGCACCUACGCACACACUCCUCGCGCAAGGACUUCAAGUGCCAACACUGCGGAAAAGAGUUUGUCAUGCUCUCCUACCUGCAAAGGCACUUGAGAACUCACAGUUCUGGGGGUGCAAUAGCGUGUACAAAGGAAGCAGGAAAGGUGGCUAAAGGUAUCGGGCCUUCAGAGACAGCAACGCUAAAUUUAAACUUGAAUGUACCUGGAGGACUUACCUCAUUGUUUCCUAGUGAUGGCAAUUCCACGUUGAUUCUUUCACCCCCAAAUCUUGACAUACCUCCAAACACAUCACAGAAUUAUUUUAUGAUCCAGACAACUUCAGGGCUCCAACUAAUCCCACUCUCCAAUCCCACUCCAACACAGCAAGUCCUCCCUCCACCACCCCCUCCUCCCCCACCACCUCCACAGACGCAGAAUUUUCUGCUACUUCAGUGCCAGUCUAACAAUGGUAACCAACCUAGUCUGAUCCUGGUCCCCACUGCAUCCGGUACAAACACUCUUCCCGCCUCUUCAGAACAGACCCUCCCCUUGCUGCAGACCAUUCAGGCAAUACCCCAAGUUUUGGCGGCACCCCAAACUCAAAUUCAGCAAUUUCAACCAGUUCAGACACAGCAGAGAUUUAUUUUGACCAAUAAUAAUGCUCCCCUCAUCACUCCCCAGCCUCAAAGCACAUCGACGAUGACUCGUCCCAUUUUAGGAAGCCUCGGUCGUAGCAGGAAAGGUGGAAAUAGGCGUGGACGGAAGCCUAAAGCUGCUACUCCAAAAUCCCCUCCUACUGUUCAGACCACACUAGUCAAGCAACCAUUUAUGUUUUCAGCUGCUACUCCCACAUCUACUACGAUAUCCAGUACCACUUCUGCUGCUUCUUUAAAGACAGAGUUCCCGCAGCUUAAUUCUAACAGUCCACUGGCUGUGUCGCCUGUCAGCAAUAGCCAAGUACCUGAAAACCCUUCUGUCCCUGCAGUUAGCAUUAUGUCGGUGACGCAAAACUCUACUCUAGCAAACAGUUCUUCUGUGUUGAACGGUGAUCCCGAGAUUCUUCCAGUCGAGGAAAAAGCUGUCGAAGAAAUUCCAAGGGAGCGUUUCGUUCUGUGCCUAAAGAAAGAAAUGGAGAAUGGAGAUCAGGGGGAUGGGAUGGAGGUGAAGGUGGAGAUGGAGGGAGGGAAUGACGCAGGGCAGUCUUAUGUCUUACAGAUCGAAGGUGAGGGCCAGGGAGAAGAGGGAGGGAAUAGUGGGGGAAGAGAGAAGUCAUAUGUUCUCCGGUUUCAAACAGAGGGAGAAUGCGAGGGUGAUGCAGGAAAAGAGAAGACCGAAAUGGUCUCCCUUAACUUACUCCAAGAGUGGGCUGGACAGAGUGAGGGGCAUGGAACUGCAAAUACUGAGGGAAAUGUUGAAGUAGAGAAGUCAUUUGUGCUUCAUUUCCAAGCAGAGUCUCCGAGUGAGGAGAACAUUCAACCAGGCUCAGGCUACAUAGGAUGCCCAGGUGAGGAUCUCAGCCUUUCUUGCCACCCGGGUCAAGCUUUGGUGCCUCUGGAAGGGCAGGAUGUGGUGUUUGAGCUUGGUGACGAAACAAAAAUUGAUGGAAGCACAGGUACAGGGGACAGUGUUCAAAUGAUUGCACUGAUAGAAGAUGAUGGCAACGGUUCUGGGGCAAGGGGCAGUUUUAAAAGUGCUGUUGGGGCAAACUCAGGGCAGAUGGAGGGAAUCUUCCAAUUAGAAGGAGGAGAAGGCAUUGUUAUAAUAGAAGUCAGCACCAGCAGUUUGAGAGAGGGUGGAAUAGAGGCAGCAGAUGUAGGACAUAGGUUAGUGGAAGGAACUGAGGAAAAGCUAAAUAAUGAUGCACAAGUAGUACGAGAGGAAGUAAUGUCAGAAGAGUCAAAAGUUGCUGAGGCUGAGAGCAUAUCAUCAGAGAUGGAACUGAUUGGAAUUUAGGGCUGACUAUGAAUUAAAUCUGAUAUUUGAACUGGCUUUAACACAACUCACACCUCAUGACAUGGUUUCACAUGCAAAACUAUAAGUGGCACAUUUACCAGAUAUACAAAUGUUUUAAUUUCAAGUUAUGGUUCUGUCAUUCUAAAGUGUUUCUUUUUGAACUGUGAAUAAUGGUUUUAAAGAUUAGGAAGCUGAUGGCAGUGUUGUAGCUGUAGGACUGACACAGGACUUAUGUUAAUCUUACAUAAACCAUUUGAGUAUUGUUUGUUGCAUAUAUACUGUAGACAUCCUUAGAACACCACCGUGUCUUCUUCUUAAGCUGUUGUCCCCCCAAGACUGAACUUUUGUGGGGAUAGAAAGCACAUAGCGGUAGUUCACCUGGUCCCUACGGAGAGCUGUUUCACAAACCACAAUCAUCGAAUUCAGCCCAACCAAAAAUAAUGGUUUCUAAAUGAAGAAAAUCCUUGGUGUUCUUCUACAUCCUGGUUGCACUGAAAAGAGAAUUUAUAAACUAAUAUGAAAUAUGAUAUGCUGUCAUGUUGACAGUUACUGUACAAAGUGAACUUUUGUAAAUAUGUCUACUCUGUUUCUUAAUAUUGGUACUAGAUGACAACUAUCAAUAAAAAUAGGUAUGAAUGGCA